AGCAGAACGUAACGGCACCGCUUUAAAACCGUUUAAUACUUGUCUCCUUUCUUCUACAUUCUCUGGUUAGUCCCCUUCCCCAAGAAAACUUGUCUCUCUCUCUCUCUCUUUCCUUCCCACUCGUGAUGGCGGCGCAGGUCGAAAUCGAGGACCAAUCGUCCGUCACCGAACUCGAUAAUGGCGAAAUUUUCGAUCCCCUCUCCGACGAUGCCGAUUCCUCCUCCGGAUCAACGAUCCUUCUCGGCCAAGGAAACCAGGAGCACGACGUCAUCAAAGCGUGUUUCCUCUCCGGCUUAGGCGCCGCUUUCGCGGGCGACACGACGGUGGCGAGCGUGCGUAAGAACUCAACGGAAGGGAUCGCGACGAGAGCCAGGUACGUAGCGUUUCGGAUCUUCACGGAAGCCAUGGCGAGGAAGAACGGGGGAGAUCCGAAUGUGAAGUACGGUUGGUACGCUGGCUCCAGAGAAGAGAUCGAGGGUAUCGUCUCGUACGGAUUCAGCAGCCGGGAGAUCGAUGACGGUUCUCAUGGAAUCGGAAUCCAUCUCGUUGCUUCUAAGUGCUCUCUCUUCGCAGCUGUAGGUGCAGAGCCAGACGGGGAAGGUGUGAGGCAUCUUAUCUUAUGCCGUGUACUCCUCGGGAAGCCUGAGCAGAUCGCCUCCGGGUCUAAACAGUCGCAUCCGAGCUCUAGUGAAUUCGAUUCCGGUGUGGAUGAUCUUCAGAAUCCGAGUAAGUAUGUUGUGUGGAGCUCCAACAUGAACUCGUACAUCUUACCGAGUUACAUCCUCAGUUUCAGGUCUCCUCGCCUCAGAGUUAUAGGUAGAGGUGGUCCUCCGCCAAGCUCGCCUUGGGUUAGUUUUACUGCGCUUAUGUCAAUGCUGUCCAAGUCUGUCGAUGCUUCCAGAAUGAGCUUGAUCAUGAGGACUUACGAUGAUUUUAGGAAACGGAAGAUUCAGAGAUAUCAACUGGUUCGGAUGAUGAGACAAGUGGCUGGAGACGACCUUUUGGCUCAGAUAAUCAGGAACCACAGGGACAGGGUUUAAGGAAGGAUAGAUGAAAGGAGAAGUCUAAGACGCGUGGAAGCUCAAUCAAUUGUGGAAAAUCUAUAUCUGAGAGUUU